CUGUGUGUUGUAUGUUUGUAGGUGUUACAGUAUCAACGAAAUAAGUGUACACAUUGCGAAUAGUAAAGGUUUAUUAAAAUGGAUAAAACAGCAAGAACAAGGGACCUAUUUCUAGCUCUGAUCGCGUUAACGUUUAUGUUCGCAUUUGCCUCUUUGUAUGUUCAAGUACCAGGUCUUUAUGGCAGAAAUGGCAUCAAACCGGUUCAUAACUGGAUGCAACAAAUGAUAAAAGAGAACAAGCAAUCAUCUCAAACUGCAGAGUCCUACUUUAUGAAGGAACCAACUUUGUUAUGGUUUAUAAAACUUGAGCCUCACUUAGCUAUGGAGCUACUUUGUAUUUUAGGUGUUCUGCUAUCAUUUGUAUGUAUGAUAUGGAAAAGAGUUCGUACAAUGCCCACAUACUUCUUGCUGUGGUUGUUCUAUCUAUCUGUGUACAAGGUUGGAGAUACUUUUCUUUGGUUUCAAUGGGAUAUCCUGUUACUGGAGGUUGGUUUCUUAUCAAUACUGGUUGCUCCUCUAUCUAAUAAAAACUCUGAUGCCAAAACAGAAGCCAAUAUCCACAAGGAGAUACCAUUCUGGUUGGUGAAGUGGCUGUUAUUUCGUCUAAUGUUCGCAUCUGGAGUAGUUAAACUCACAAGCCAAUGUCCUACUUGGUGGGGGCUGACAGCAUUAAACUACCAUUACGAGUCACAGUGCAUACCAACCCCACUAGCAUGGUGGGCUCAUCAACUACCAGAUGCAGUUCAACAAUUCUCAGUGAUUGGGACUUAUAUUAUUGAAAUAUGUUUACCAUUCUUCUUCUUUGUACCAUUGCGGCCGCUACGAUUGUUUGCAGGUUAUGCUCAGAUAUUUCUAAUGGUUGCCAUUUACUUGACUGGCAAUUACAACUUCUUCAACAUUCUAACUGUUGUACUUUGUUUAUCGUUAUUUGAUGAUAACCAUCUAUCAUUCUUAUCCAGAUGUUUGUCCUUCGAAAAGAAAGACAACAGAAAUCCGCCACAAAAUGAGGUGCAAGGAAACAAAAUAUGGAAUAUUCUCUAUGUUUUGUUGAACCUCAGUAUCUUCGCAACUUUCAUAUAUGUGAUGUCUACUCUGUUCACAUACAAUGGAAAGUUUAAACUAACUUUCAACAAAGAAGAGUUCAACACCUUUGUGAAAUGGUCGUUGCCAAGAAUCAUUUUUGCCGCUUCAUUUUUAUUUGUUCUUAGAACGCUUUAUGUUUCCUCGAGGGUGUUGGUUGGAAAAACACAAACUUUGUUCACUUUUGUCUCCAACCUCAUCAAGCUGUCAAUUAUCAUCUUGCCUUCAGUUUUUAUUCUAACUGCUUCAAUGGUACCACUGUGUAGCUUGGAGCCUUCAGUUUCUCGUGAGUUGUCACCCAUAGCCCAUCGUUGGCACCGAUCGAGUUCAACCUUUGAUCUCACCCACUCGUACGGUCUCUUUAGAAGAAUGACUGGGGUUGGUGGGAGGCCUGAGGUUGUUAUUGAAGGAAGCAAUUCAUUGGAAGGACCAUGGAAGGAGUAUGAGUUCUACUACAAACCAGGGGACCGAACUUACCCUUUAACAUGGACAGCACCCCACCAACCAAGACUAGAUUGGCAGAUGUGGUUUGCUUCACUAUCAAGCUAUCAACACAAUCCCUGGAUAUUAAGUUUAAUGCACAGGAUACUACUUGGACAAAAUGAAGUGUUGGACCUAAUGGAUAGAACGCGGAGCCCGUAUCCUGUUUCUCCACCCAAAUAUAUUCGCUCACAACUUUACCUUUACCAUUAUACAAAGCUUAAUAAGAACAACAGUGCACCUCGUGCCUGGUGGACACGUACGCUGCAGAAAGAAUAUUCACCACCUAUUACAAAGGAUAAUGUUGACCUGCUUGCGUUUCUAAACCAUCAUAAUAUGAUGCCUGCUCCUUUACCAAAGAAACAACCACCACAAAGUAAUGUGGUUCAAAUGCUCAACCAGAUACGAAUAUUGGCCAAUCAAGUUUCUCCACCCUACUUACUCUGGUCACUUGCAUUCACAGCAUUGGCGAUCGUUACACUUGGAUCAAUGAUGAACAAGAAGAAAAAAAUAAAGGAUGCUGUUAACGCUAAUGUGGUGCAAAAAGUUUCUUAACUAUGUGUAAUAUAAUGGUGUAACUGUAGAGAUAGGGUAUUGGUUUUUUACACUUUUAUACACAAUGUUAAUAUCUUAAGACCUGACAAACAUCUGCUCCUACUUUUUGGAAACCAGGGUGCUCCUUAGACCAUAUCCUAUGUUAAAACAUGUCUCCUACUGUUGGCUGUUUAAUGUAACAUCUCAAGUUUGUUUUUUGAUAUGUUUAUCCAAAAUAUUCACAAAACCUAUUUCAUGGCCUGUAUACCUAUGUUAGACACCUAUGCUGAUAUAUUGAGUUAAUAAUCAUGAUACAAAUUUGCACAUUCAUCAUUAUAUAUUGAUGGUAUGUGCUAGAUUGCCACGCUACUGCAUGUUACGGAUCUGUUGCAAUAUUUAUGAAAAAAAUAUACGCAAAAUAUAUUGAGGAUA